UAACGAUAUGAUGUCACUGUAGCCAGGGACAGAAGUAAAAGUAAAACGCUUUUGUUUCAUGACAGGAUCCAUGGUCUUAAGGCUAAAAAUAAUUUUGGGUUACUAUUUCUCAAAGAGGGCAAUCAGUGAAAAAAAUAAAUCAGGAUUUCCAAACAAGUCAUCAUAUUACAAGGAGCUUUGAGCUCCCUAAAAUGGCCGAACACAGCUAGUAAACGACAAGUGAUUUUUUUUUUCUCAUGCUGCUGAAAAAAGAUGAGUCGGAUUUACCUCAGCAGUGGCUGGCUUGAAGUGCCAUGGGGAGAUGGUGACUUAGGUUCAUGGGCAGAUCGAUCACCACUGCAUGAAGCUGCAAGUCAAGGUCGCCUUCUUGCUCUGAGGACAUUGUUAUCACAAGGUUAUAAUGUAAAUGCGGUAACCAUAGACCAUGUCACCCCACUCCAUGAGGCCUGCCUGGGUGAUCACGUGGCAUGUGCAAGGACUCUUCUGGAAGCUGGAGCUAAUGCAAAUGCGAUCACGAUAGACGGUGUGACUCCCUUGUUCAAUGCAUGCUCACAAGGCAGUGCAAGCUGUGCGGAACUUCUUUUGGAAUAUGGCGCCAAAGCACAGCUGGAGUCCUGUUUCCCAUCUCCAACACAUGAGGCUUCAAGUAAAGGUCACCAUGAAUGUCUGGACAUUUUGAUAUCCUGGGGCAUAGAUGUUGACCAAGAUAUUCCUCACUUGGGAACUCCUCUUUAUGUAGCUUGUAUGUCUCAACAGUUCCACUGCAUCUGGAAGCUUCUUUAUGCUGGUGCUGAUGUACACAAAGGCAAGUAUUGGGACACUCCACUCCAUGCUGCUGCUCAGCAACCCAGUACUGAAAUUGUGAACUUAUUGCUAGAAUUCGGAGCAGACAUCAAUGCCAAGAACACAGAACUUUUGCGGCCUAUUGAUGUGGCUACAUCCAACAGUGCUGUAGAAAGAGUACUUCUUCAACAUGAAGCGACCCCAAGCUCUCUUUGCCAACUCUGCCGACUGUGCAUCCGCAACAACAUAGGAAGACAGCGGUUCCAUCUCAUCCCCCAGCUCCAGUUACCAACAUUGCUGCAGAAUUUCUUACAGUAUCGAUAACACAGUAAAUAGUUUUACAUUCUUUGAAAAUCAAACAUUUCUAUUUCAUUUUCUUUUUAAAGUAUAGAAUGAUAUGGGUGAAGACGAGUACAGUUCACCUGGGGAAGCAGUAAAGUGUUAACGAAUUUCCAUUUGAAGAAUACUCAUUAGUACUCUUUAUGAAUUUUUAUGGUCUUCUGGAUUAUAAUAUGUUUAAAAUAGCUACACUAUCUUAGCAAUCUCAGUGUACCUUCUUGAUUUAGGGGAAAAAUGAGAGUUUAUCCACUUUAUGUUUUUUAUUAUAGAGCAGAAAAGAAAAUUGCAUACUUUUACUAAAUUUUUAAUUCAAUUGUAAAUUUCAUACUGUGUUACAUUUUGAAGGAUCUGUAUUCUUCAGAUAAUGGGUUAACUAUAAUUUUAGCUACCGCCAUUGGUUAUCUCUGUGAUUUUAAUAUUGACAAAAAAAUUUUUAGAGCAACUAAUAUGCUUUUUGAAAUAAAGAUGAAUUAUACACUU